GAACUCACAGCUAAGGAAGGGGUGAGGAAGAGUGAACAUAUGCUCGUGUGUAGACCUACCCGCCCACAGAGAGUUUAAAACUAAGCCCAUUCUUCCUCAUAUAAAGUCUGUCGCACUGAAGGUUGGCUACAAAAUUAGGUGAGUCGGUCUGAAGAGCUGUUCAGCAGAUUUUCUUUUUCGUUUUCAGCGUCUCUGAACGUGUCGAGCUCAGAGUCGAUGGUGUUGUUUUUGAGCUUUGUGUCUCUAAUAUGGCUCCUCGGCCUCGCGCGUACGGUCCUGCAGGAUUAGCUUAGCAUUGUUUUUAAAUUGUUUUCUUGCUAGUUGUUUUAGCUUUCUAGAAAAAUCCAGGCAAUUCUGGAGUGUCCUCGUAUUGCAGUAUUGCUCUAUAGCCUGCCUAAUGAUGUAGGAGGAGGAUUGCUUUGAGAAUGUGUUUUAUUAUGACCAGCAUUGAAGGUAAAUGGAAGGGAAUGGCUCGGCCAUCUUUGCCCUCUUCGAUGGACUCCACUUUACCAGGCAUCUCACGCCAGGUCCUGUCCGUGUCCAUGGAGCCUAAAUAUCAGUGCCAGAAGUGCCAAGAAGUUCUGAGGAAGCCUUUCCAGGCGCAAUGUGGACACCGUUUCUGCGUGUACUGUUUUAAACAACUCACCAGCUCUGGUCCUAUCCCUUGUGAAGCCUGUCGUGAGGAGGGAAUAUUUGAAGAAGAGCACUCAAUACUUAAUUUUGCUGUGGCUUUUCCAGACAAUGCAGCACGAAGAGAAAUUGAUGGUUUGCCUGCGAAAUGUCCAAACGAAGGCUGCACCUGGGCGGGAACGUUGAAAGAUUAUGAGGUCCCAAGAUCUCAAGCCCUGACACGCAUAUCCCUUGAUACAUAUGAAGGGCAGCACGAAGGCCGAUGUGAAUUCGAGCGCAUUAAAUGUGAAGCAUGUCAAGUCUUCGUUCUUCUCAGCGAGAAAGACCGCCACAAUGAGAGAGAGUGUGAAGCCAGAAACCUUAACUGCAAAUACUGCAAGGUGUCCUUCAGCUUCAAAGAUAUCAAGGCACAUGAUGAGAUUUGCCAAAAAUUCCCAAUGCAGUGCAAAGACUGUGGUAAAAAGAAGAUUCCCAGAGAAAAGUAUCAAGAGCAUAGCAAAUCGUGUGCAAAAUCCAAGUCAGCUUGCCAGUUCAGUGAAAUUGGCUGCAGAGUCGUGGUGGACAACGGAAAACAGCAGGAGCAUGAACAGAGCAGCGUGAUGGAGCACUUGCGUCUCAUGCUGGCCGUGCUGUCGUCAGUCCGCAUCCGCUCUGAUGCAGCCGGAGAGUGGCAGGACGACUCUGGUCUCGGGUUGUACCGCAGCCCUGAAGAUGCUGCGCUUCCAGUCGCCCAGGCCGCCGCAGGAGGCCCCGGCAUGCAACAGAAGAUGACCGCGCUGGAGAACAUCGUGUGCGUGCUGAACAGGGAAGUGGAGCGCUCGGCCCUCACGCUCGAAGCUCUCAGCCGCCAGCACCGUCUCGACCAGGACAAGAUAGAAAACUUGUCCAACAAGGUGCGUCAGUUGGAACGGACGUUAAACAUGCGAGAUCUGCAACUGAACGAAUCUGAGCAGAAUUUACGAGAGCUGCAGUUUUGCACAUACGACGGAGUGUUCAUUUGGAAAAUUUCUGAUUUCUCGCGCCGCAGGCAAGACGCGCUGGCUGGUCGCGCCCCCGCCAUGUUUUCACCAGCGUUCUACUCCAGUAAAUACGGCUAUAAGAUGUGCUUAAGGCUGUACCUGAAUGGAGAUGGUUCCGGCAGAGGCACUCACCUCUCCCUGUUCUUUGUGGUGAUGAGGGGGAAAUACGACGCUCUGCUCAAGUGGCCUUUCAGCCAGAAGGUGACUCUGAUGCUUUUGGAUCAAAAUAACCGGGAGCACAUCAUCGACGCUUUCAGACCUGAUAUCAGCUCCACGUCUUUCCAAAGACCCAUCAGUGAGAUGAACAUCGCCAGCGGCUGCCCACUCUUCUGCCCCCUGGCCAAGCUGGCAGGGAAGAGCUCCUACGUCCGAGAUGACACAAUUUUCAUCAAGGCCAUCGUAGAUCUCACUGGGCUUUAAAGCUUAUAGCAUAUAAAAGCUCCCUGAUUUGAGUAUAGACGUGGAAAAUAAGAAUAAACUCCUUGCUCAACUAACUAGAUAGACUGUAUCAUAAUGCCACGGUCCCUGAGCACAUCAUGAGCAUAUAUUGUAAUGAGGGGCUGAUAAGUGGCACUAUAAUGAUUUUAUAUCUUAAUAUAAAAAUAUGAGAAGUCUGUGAAAGACUUUGUCAUAUAUAUAUUUUUUUUAAAUAUAUAUAUACAUAUGCUUAAAAUCAUACAUCCUAAGCUGUAAUUUAAAAUAUUCAUAUGUUGAACUAUUAUUAUUAAUGAAAAUAUUCAAUAUCUAUAUGCUAAAUGAUGCAUAUAUUAUCAAAUGCAGUGCAAGAUGAUGACAAAAAAAAUUGCGCUGUAGAAAAAUAAUAUAACUACAGAGUGUCCGUUAAGUCAGGAACGAGUGAGAGUAAAAUUGCAGAGAGUUAUUAUUUACAAAAUAAGCUGUCAGUCAGAUGCAUAACUGUCUGUUUUAUGUGUAGUGUUUUUUUUUUUUUCCUCUUCAUCCCAGUAUAUUCUCAUUGGUUCUUGACCUUCCAGACACCCUGUAUAUGUAUUUAAAAAAAAAAAUCUUUAAAAAAAAAUAAAGGGCGAGAAAGAAAGGGGGAGGGAGAGAGCGAGCAAGACGGAGGCUAAAUAUGAGUGAUUUUUUUAAAAUUUGGUUUUCAGUAAGUCGAAAGAAAUUGAAAUGAGAUGAUGGUGAGAGAUUUCACCCAAUGCUUGCAAUCUUGCAAAUCCACCAUAUCCUUAUUUCCUCACCUUAUUUUGUACUUUUGUUAGUGUGGGUUUUUUUUUGUGUUUGUUUGUUUUAUGCAGGCUUGGGGUUUGCAUGAAAGCACAUAACAGAGCUGCGGAUAUGUCAAGGUUUCCCAAACCCGUGGAAAACAAACUUGCACGUUUAAGAUGCAUCUAGCCCAAGCAUCUGUUUUCUCUAAAUUAAAGUGCAUGUGGUGUGGGAAUGGACGUGGAUUGAGCAGGGUGAGGCUGUAACGAUCAGAACGAGAAGUAAAGGUUGACAAGGGUGCCUAAAGUUUCGCUUCAAAUGUUAAUAUUUAAUCAGGAUCCUGGGAAGCUUUUCAGGAGUAAAAAAUUUUUUAUAUACACUACCGUUCAAAAGUUUGGGGUCACUUUGAAAUGUCCUUAUUUUUGAAAGAAAAGCACUGUUCUUUUCAAUGACGAUCACUUUAAACUAAUCAGAAAUCCACUCUAUACAUUGCUAAUGUGCUAAAUGACUAUUCUAGCUGCAAAUGUCUGGUUUUUGGUGCAAUAUCUCCAUAGGUGUAUAGAGGCCCAUUUCCAGCAACUCUCACUCCAGUGUUCUAAUGGUACAGUGUGUUUGCUCAUUGCCUCAGAAGGCUAAUGGAUGAUUAGAAAACCCUUGUACAAUCAUGUUAGCACAGCUGAAAACAGUUGAGCUCUUUAGAGAAGCUAUAAAACUGACCUUCCUUUGAGCAGAUUGAGUUUCUGGAGCAUCACAUUUGUGGGGUCGAUUAAAUGCUCAAAAUGGCCAGAAAAAUUUCUCGACUAUAUUUUCUAUUCAUUUUACAACUUAUGGUGGUGAAUAAAAGUGUGACUUUUCAUGGAAAACACAAAAUUGUCUGGGUGACCCCAAACUUUUGAACGGUAGUGUACUGUAUAUGCUUGGGAAGUUUGAAAUAAAGGAUUUUUAAUACGAUUAAAAAAAAAAAUCCCUUUAUUUCAAACUUCACAAGCGACAUGGAACUGUAAUAAUCACCCGUGUGUUUAUAUUGAAACAAUUAUUGGCCGAAGGCAAAGUGAAUAUUUGUGAAUAAUAAUCUCGACUGUUAUUAUUCACCGAGCCUGAGAUGGAUAAUUGUUUUAGUAUAAAUACACAGGUUAUUUUAUUUUAAAAAAACAAAAAAACAUACAGGGUGUAUGUUCAAUUUCAAAAACUUUUGAUAUUUGAGAUGUAAAUAUCCCAGAAACUAUAGUCUCGGCAAAUGAAACUGAACAGGCUUAAUGUUGAGCAAUAGAAAAAUUAUUCCUCAAAAUUUGAAUGAGAAAUUCAAAGCGAUGUAGAGUCCAUGACCGAUUUUUUUUUGCAAAUUUUCAAUAUGUGCGCUGCCUGAGACGCAGACCAGCCUUCCUCUUUGGGAUUUUUGUGACCUGUCGGUAUCUGCAUUGCAGUUGGUGCUUUUUUCCAAGAAUUCUGGCCUAAAUGCACGCGGCACUCUUGUUCGAGCGUACUCCGACACACAACACCUUUUCUUUUCCAGUGAAUGGCAUUUCUAUCCCUAAAAAGAUAAAAACAAAAAACAUUCAGCACAAAAUUUUGACCUGUUUCCACACGCGCUGUUAAAAUUUGAGGCCAACUGAAUGAGAAUUGGCAAAGUUAUUAGAUUGUGAAAUUUAUUUUUUUUUUUUUGAAACACCCUGUAUUUAAAAAAGAAAUUAUUUCAGACUUCAAAAGCAGCAUGCAAGUGUAAUAAAGGCACGGCGCGCUUGUCACUUACCUAUGCCGAGUCACAUAAAAUACUUUGUUUUGAAAUCUAUCAUUCAAAUCACAAUCCCACUUUACCUUUUGCAUAGUUUUAUACCCAGAUUUGUAGCAUCUUCUAGUACUUUUUUUUUCAGAACAGCGGGUUUUUUUCACAAGUUGUAAUUCCUCCUCGCAUAUGGUGACCGUAAUUGUCGGCCAUUUUGCCUUUAAGUCGCUCAAGAUGAAGAAAUGGUCUGAAUCAUGUGUGUGAAGUGUGUAUGCAAUUUUUCUAUAAUCAGCUCGGUAUUGCUACGGGCCAUUUAUUGUAAUCGAGGUUGUUCGUUAAGUUAUUUCUAACUUGUGUGCUAUUAUUUUAAGGUUUGCUUUUCAAUGUCCAUUUAUUGAUGUGUUUUCACUUUUGUAGUUCGAGUGAAAUUUGAGUUCAGUUCAAGUGGUGGUCUAGUUUACAGUUAUUUAGCACAAGAUCCAAGAACACUCUAUAACGAAUACUUACUGAUCACAUUUAAAGAUGUUUGAUGGAUUGGUUUUUUUUUCCUUUCCUUUUUAUGGAAGUUUCUGAGAUUGCGAUUGUAUUUCCCUACGCCGCCAUGUUUGAUAAAGCCCGUAUGUUAGUCACCAAUCCUAUAAUGAUUAUUUAACACCGCACGUACCUUGACCCAGUACACCGCUAUAGCCAACGUCCAGGUUUGUUUCGUCUUUAUUAAGGCGCUAAGCUUAAAUUAGAUCAUUUUUAUUAUUUACAGUUUGCUAAUUUGAUAAAGAAUGAAAAGUCAAGCGAAAUUUACAAGUUUAAAGAAAGCGUUUGGUUUCGCUCUUUAUUUAAAUUUUUCCGAAAGAAAGGAAAACCAUGUACAGCUAUUUUUCGAUGAUUUUAUUAAGCGAUUUUACAUUUUACGUAGGUAAUUUCUGUGACUUCUUUUAAAUGUAAGAAAGUGAAAUAAUUAAACUUGAAACAACAAAAAAAAAACAACUUGAUCAAUAAAACUGCAGGUGCCACUAAAAACGCACGCGAUUUAAGAAGUUGGAAGAUUUUUUUUUUUUUUCUUUUUUUUUGGAAACUAUCCUAUAAACCAAAAAAUCUUGGACUGUAAAUGCGGGUGCUGUCGGCGCUGGAUCUUUGUCCGCGUCAAUUGGUCUUUUUUCGGUCAAAGACUUUGUAGCUUUAUUAGUCGAAUACGUAUGAAAACAGUAAUAUGUGAUAUCAGAUGGACUUUGCGUAAGUUUUUAGGAAUAGAUUCUGCUCUUAGUCGGCGAAACACGUGUUAUCAAGCAGGGCAAGAGGCCUAAUCCUCCAGUUAAUUAAUUCCGCAAACGCGUAAUUAUCGAGUCAGUUGAAUUUGUGAUAUGAUCAGAAGUGACUGAAGUCAUCUCUGAAGAUGCCGACAAUCAAAAAGGUUUGUUACGGCUUAAGUAAAAAUACCCAAAGAUGCCAAGGAAUUAUAUUUUCAGACAACGUUUCAGGAAUCAACAACUGAUCCUUAACAUGCACAGCGGCAGAAAUUCCAGAUUCCAGUCCCUAAGCAAUCUCAAACUCCUUAUAAGGGUUUUUUUUUUUUUCGAUUAUUGUGACCAUAAUCCAGAAUUGUGUUAAGACUUUUUUUUUUUUUUAAUUUGUGCUAAAUAACCUCGAUUUUUUUUUUUUUUAAUUUGUGGUAAAUAACCGGAUACCAGUGGUCCAUAGCCCAGGAUGUACCUGUAGGAUAUAGGAUUAUUCACUGUAUUGUAGCUUGAGAGACAGCAGAGCAUGAAUUAAUCGCUUGUUAAACCUUGCUUGAAGUUUUCUUGAGUGACGACAUAAAUUGGCAAAGUUUAUAGUGAAGUUAAACAGCAUGACCUGGUGCAAAAGCUAUGAACAGUUAGUUAGUUAGUUAGUUAGUUAGUUAGUUAGUACUGGGAACGGCUUAGUUACUGAAAUGAAUAUAAAGGCAAGGUAGCUAAAUACGUAGUUGUGAUGUAUUUCCAACUUGGGGAAGAAAUAUACAGCAUCAGAAAUUGAUCUGAUUUUAUGUAUUAUGGCUUGAAGCAUUAAAUAUGCUGCAGAAUGCAAUAAAGAAUUGAUUUCUUA